UGACGCCAAAGCGGUUUUGUUUCCCAAGAGUUUAUGUGUUUUCUUUUGACAAUUUUAUUGAAGCAAUAGCGGAAAUGCAGUUUGAGUUUAUUAUUCCAAGUACGCCUGGCGAUCUGAGGGACAUUGACGCGCCCAAUAAUGGAUAUUACGUGAAGGAAGUGCACCAAGCGGCUCAAAUUCCAGGACUCCUCAAAAGAGCAAAAGCGGCAUCCCAAAAUCAAAUAUUAUACAUAUUUGACCACUUCGACACCUUCUUCUCAGUGGUGGAGAAAGCAUCAUCAGUUCCUCCGCACACUGCAAUGUAUGCAUUCGAUUUGCUCUUCGCAACAACAGAUCAAUUGGGAAAAUCCCUGGCCUCCAAGUUGGAGCAGAGCUCACUGGAGGUGAAGGACAGGGAUUCGCUGCGCAAUGCCACAAAGAUGAUAUUGUAUCUCGAUACAGCACUGAUGAAGGCCCUGGAUGAGAUUUAUCAGAACAAUUGUGCGUCCGCGGACAAGAAGAAAGCCCGGACAAUUGACACCAACGCCGAUUUGAGUGGUUGGAUAGAGAAGAGGUCAAACAGCCUGAUUCAGCUGUACAAUAUGCUCCAAUUGCCACUGGAGAAGCUGUGGGAGAAGACAAUAGUUGAGGAAGCCUUCGUCACGAUGACCUGCGAUGUGGCGUACAUGACGCUGGAGCUGGAAUUUAUCAAGUCCGACAGCGCAAUGGAUGUUGUCUUUCAAAUCCUUGGAACAGCCAUCAAGAGGUACAAUCACGCCCUCCACUUCCCCGUGAGGAUCCUGUCGAUCCUUCGCUCCUGCGAGCCGGCCGCGUGCACGAUUGCCGACGGAGUGUGUCUGCUGGAGGAGGAAUUCGGAAUAAACACACUGUGUGCCAUGCUGAUGAAUGACCUGCUGGAGACGCUGUCCAAUGACAUUGAGGAUGCCAAGACUGUGAAGCACUCGACUUUGUUCCUUACCAGACUUGCGGAAACAGCGCCCAAUAUCAUUACACCUCAAAUAAUAGCACAUACAGACAAGUUUUUGGAACUGGACGCCUAUCAGUUGCGCAUUUGCGUUCUUCAGAUCAUUGGCGAUAUAAUUUGCAAUCAAUUGACGUCAGAGGAUCUGUCUGAUGAGAUGAAGGAGGUGCGCGAAGAGUUCCUAGACUACCUUUAUGAUCAUGGAGCGGAUAUAAACUCCUAUGUGCGCUCAAAGGUGAUUCAGAUUUGGACGCAUCUCAAGCAAAAUUUGGCCAUUCCGCUUGUGUGGCAGAAUAAAGUUCUGCGGCUGGCAGUGCAGCGUCUUGAGGACAAGAGUGCCUUCGUGAGGAAGUAUGCGGUGAUCCUUAUUACAUCAUUCAUUGAGCGAAAUCCAUUCGCAGGAAAGCUCUCUAUGGAGGAGGUGAAGCAGGAAGUGGCGGUGCAAGAGCAGAAGCUUCAGGACUUGCGUGAGAAGAUGCUUCAGAAUGAGCGCUCGUGGAAUGACACAGCGGAUGAUAUUGCCUCCAUCGUGAGGGAUUAUGUGACACACAUGAGCAGCAAUGGAAACAGUGAUCACUCCACUCCACCGAGUCUCUCGCAGGAGAAUCUGAAGGAUCUCGUGAUGGGGUACUUUGAGAAGAAGGAGUAUCUAAGCGCUGUGAGGCUGAUUUAUGCCACUGAUAUGGAAGUUUCCAGCUCAGAGGUCAAUAAUAUGCAGUUGAAUGAGAAGUGCGUUUACUAUUUGGCUCUCAUGAAGUCAUACUACUUCAUCUGGCUGAAUCACGAGGCACUCCAGAGUGAGUAUGAUCAUCAGCAGCAGACAGUUCAAUUUCAUGUGGACUGUAUUGACUUUAUGGACAUCAUCGAGGGUGCUUUGCCCAAGAUUGGGGAUUUGCUGUUGUCCAAAACCAACGGCGAUGUGUGUGAGGCCAUCAAUUUCUUCACCCUUGGCUAUCAAUUCCGUGUGAAAGGAUGUCUGGAGGGAAUGCACAAGAUGCUGUCAGUGAUUUGGUCGAAGGACAAGGAGAAGAAGGAUGCUGUGAGUGCGGCUUUCAAGAAAAUCCUCUUCACCACAGAUCAGAAGGGAAGACAACAUGCAGCGAAAGCAGUGAAGAAUCUGUGUGACUUCAUUGGUGAUAUAUCCAUUGGACGAUAUAUCUCACUGGAACUCCUCAUCAAUGAUUGGGUGGCCAAUAAUGACAUUGAUCACGAAAUCAUCCAAAUGCUCUUUGAAAGAUUCACCAUGAAGCUCACCAACACGACGGAGAAGGAAGCCAAUGAGGCACUGCAAUUGCUCGUUGUAAUCUCACGCACGAAACCUUUGGUGGCAAUGGCAAAUAUGGGAGUCAUCGAGAGUAUUAUGUUCAGCGAGAGGGGAUUGAGUGAUCCUGACUUGUAUGCACAUUGUCUGGACUUCCUGCUGAAUCUCAAUGUUGGAAAGAAUAGUGAGAAACGCUUUGCGAAGGACAGUGAAAUCACGGGAAAAAUCGUUGAAUCACUGCAUUCGUUCUUCUUCACGGUGGAAGUGGAGAAUUUCGAUGAGAUUGCCGUGAAGACGACGGACUUCAUCUACGCCAUGGUUCAGUCACCGGAUGCUGUGUGUGAAGAUAUGUUAUCGGCAAUUCUCAGGAGAUGCAAUGAGAUUGCGAGUGAGUGUGCAGAUGAGGUGGAAAAUGUUCGUCUGUCGCAGAAUAGUAAGACGACACAAAUGACUCUGUCACAUCACUUGAUCAAUCGUUUCAUCUAUGUUUUGGGCAUGGUUGGGAUGAAGGAGUUGAUUUUCCUGGACACGUACGUGUACACGAAUAUAAAGUAUCGACAGGAGUUGAAGAAUAUGAAGAAGAAUACCAAUGGACGUGCCCAGAAGACAAUCUCAUCGCCUUCGCUCAAUACAUCAGCGAGUAGUGCGUUGAAGAAGACAAAUGAAACGGAGGAAGAGAAUCUCGUGGGAGCGUCAGCUGAGAAUACCACAGCGGAAGUGAUCAAUUACAUUUGCGAGGAGGUCCUGUUGCUGAAGGAGCAGAGUAUUUUGAGGAAGUUCAUUCCUGGCUUGAACUACAUCUGUCGCAAUCCCGCCAUGUACAACAACGAAGAGUUCCAACGGACCAUAAUCAUGACCAUGAUUCGCCUUAUGUGUGUCUCGUCGAAAUUCUGUGAGCCCAAUAUGGAUCUUCUGAUGAACAUCUUAAUGGGCACAAAGAGUUCACAUAUCAAAAGCAAUAUCAUCGUUGGCUUUGCCGAUUUUACCUUUCGAUCACCCAAUCAAACUGAACCGUGGAGUGGACAAUUCUUCAGCACACUGCACGAUAGUGAUCUCCUUGUGCGUCUGACAACGGUGAAGAUGCUCUCCUAUCUCAUUACAAACGAGAUGUUGCGCGUGAAGAGCCAAAUAUCUGACUUGGCUCUGCGUCUUGUGGAUGAUAAUAGUGAGAUACAAACGACUUGUGAGGAGUUCUUCAAGGAGAUCUCAUCCAAACCGACACUUCUCUACAACGUAAUGCCCGAUAUUAUAUCACGACUUGGUGAUCCGUCGUUGAAUCUCGAGGAAGACAAGUACAGGACAGUAAUGAGAUUCAUUUUGAAGCUGAUUCGCAAGGAUAAACAAAUUGAAAAUCUGAUAGAUAAGCUGUGCUUGAGAUUUGGUAUGACUUCCACAACGAGACAAUCUCGUGAUAUCGCCUUCUGUCUAUCGCUUCUGUCUUACAAUGAGAAGUCAAUUAAGAAGCUGAUUGAGCACGUGAAUUGCUUCAAGAAAGACAUCUUCGAUGACGACGUGUAUGAUUGCCUGAAGAGUAUAAUAACAAAUACGGGGAAAUUGGCCAAGCAGGCGCUGAAGGAUUGCGUGAAGGAGUUGGAGUACAAAUUGGAGAAGUGUCGCAAUUCCGAUCCGAAUGAGGCGAGUGAAAAUGUGGAGGAGAAUGCUGAACAGAGACGAUCGCAGCAGAAGGAGCAGCAAGUGGGCAGGAGGAAGGCGCGCAGGAGAGUGCAGGGGAGGCAGAAGAAGCGAGCAGGUCGAUUUGGUGGCGGCACAGAUGAUGACGACGAUGAUGAUGAUGAUUUUGAGAGUGACAAUGAGAACAAAGUGCCCACCAAGACGCAACCGAAGAGAACAGUGACGCGAAAUACAUCACGAGUCGUGCAGUCAGACAAUAGUAGCAGUUCAGAAGAGGAUGUGCCGGAGAAGAGAACCGUUGGGCGGAGGAGGACUAAGAAACUAAGGAAUUAG